AUGCUCUUUCUCGGCUAUCUCGGCGAUAUCGAACUCGCCGCCGGUUCAUUAGCUAUAGCCUUUACUAACAACCCCGGCUACUCGGUUCUUUCCGGCCUUGCUUUGGGUAUGGAACCGCUCUGCUCCCAAGCAUUUGAAGCUCAAAGACAUAAGCUUUUAUCAUUAACCCUUCACCGCUACGUUGUUUACAUGUUAUUCACUUCCGUUUUAAUAUCUUUUCUUUGGGUAAACAUGUUCAAUAUCAUGGUUUAUCUUCAACAAUAUCAUAAUAUCGCCCGCCUCGGUCAGAGGUAUUUGCUUUUCUCCCUCCUAGAUCUAUUCACCAACUCUUUCGUUCACCCAAUCCGCAUUUACCUUCGCGCUCAAGGCAUCACCCACCCUGUCGCUUUAGCAUCCUUCUUCGGCACCAUUCGUCAUUUGCCGAUCAGCUUCGUACCCGUUUCGCAUUUCAACUUCGGCAUCGCUGGCAUUACGGCUUCGGCUUUCAUAUCCAACUUCUUUGUUCUCAUCUCCUUGGUUGCUUAA